GCCACCCCCUUGGACUAUCUACACGAUGAGCUCCGUGACGCCGGAGGGGAAGCUGUCGCGGCCACGAGCGCGCCGUCGAGUCAACGCAGUGACGUCGUUGCCGCGCCAAAUGACCAUGUUCUUGGACACAUGCGGCCAAGUCGCACUCCAGCAGCUCGCGAACCGCGAUCAAGACAUCGACAUUUUUCACACGUUGGUGAAGAAGACGAAGAUCAUGAUUCACCCAAACUCCAACUUUCGGCGGGCGUGGGACGUCUGGACCGCCGUGAACGUGAUCGUUGUGUGUGUACUUAUGCCACUCGAACUCGCGUUUGACCAUUACAUGGAGGCGCUGCCGUGGGUGGACCCGCUCGAGUGGUUUUUUGACGUGUACUUUAUCGUCGGUGCGCGCACCCACGGCAUGGCCCGCCCGUCGUCGUCAUCGUGUUCCCGUUUAUCGCGUAGACAUGGUGCUGAGCUUCCGGACUGGGUUUGUGUGCAGUGGCGAGGUCGAGAUGGACCCACAGGUUGUGUCGCGGCACUACAUUCGGUCGUGGUUCGUUGUCGACCUCGUGUCGAAUCUCCCGUUUCGAUUCGUCUUGACGUCGGCGACGGCCAACCCGAAAUCGAUCAAGUUCCUCAAGCUUCAAAAGAUCCCCAAGCUCCUCCGGUUCACGCGCCUCUUAAAGUACAUGCGCCAAUACGCCAAGUACUACCAAUUUGUCUUGACCUUGUGCGUCAUGGCCGUCAGCUUGCACUCGUUCUCGUGCAUUUGGGUCUAUGUGUACUUUUUGUGCGACCACGACAUCCCUCCGACGGACCCGAUGUGCGAUCAAGCCACCCUGGACAUCGGACCGAUUUACCUCGAAGCGUUGACGAAUGUCGUGCUGCUCUACAUUGGGUCUGGCCAGCAGUCGACUUACCGCAUCAUCACGCCCGUGCUGGCCACGCCAGAUGCACGAGCAUCCGCGAGCAGCUACCUGUUGAGCUUGGGCAUCAUGAUCCUCGGCAUUUCGACCAUGUCGGUCUUGUUUGGCAACAUCCUAUCGAUUAUCAUCAGUUGGGACCAACAAAGUGCCAGUUUCCGCAACCGCAUGGACGUCAUCUCGGCCGAGAUGCGGCACUACGACCUGCCCAUGGACCUCCAGCGCCGCGUCCGUCGCAAUUACGACUACUUAUGGCUGAAUCAACGAGCGUACUCGGAGAUGAGCAUCCUGAAUCAGCCAGGAAUAUCCCAGCCGACGCGAACCAACAUUGCGCUGCACUUGUACCGGGACUUGAUCGAGUCGGUGCCGUACUUCGCCGGAGAAGACUCCAAAUUUCUUGGCCGCGUCUGCCUCGCGCUCAAGACAGCGGUGUACUUGCCGGAUGACACGAUCAUCCAACAAGGCGACACAGGGCGUGAGAUGUUUUUUGUCCGGCGGGGACUCGUCCAUGUCGAAGUGCCCGGCGGUCCCCCCCACAUCCAGUUGAAGGAUGGAGACUUCUUUGGAGAAACUGCGCUGGUCGUGGACGUCCGCCGAACGAACACCGUUCGCGCCGUCACGAUAUGCGAUCUGAACGUGCUCAGCAAGCAUGCAUUUGACGACAUCUUGGCGGAAUUCCCCGACUUUUUCGAGAAGAUCAAGCGCGUCGUGAUCCAGCGCCAGCUCAACAACAUGCACAUCAAGUCGCCCAAGGACAAAGCCAUCAUUGAGGCGGAGCUGACGGACGUCGUGAACGAGACUGCCAAGCGGCGCAUCCACGACACGACGUCGCCGUACUGGCGAGUGCUCAACGCCAAGCGCGUUGGGAACAAGCUGAAAAACAUUUCGGAAAGAGUUCGCCUCGCUCAAGAGCGCAACCCACGCUUGUCGACGGUGAUCUACCGCCCACGGGGUCGUAUGAGUCGACGCAGUGCCGUGCCGAGGCGACAAGUGUCCAAGCGGUCGAUAGUUCGUCCUGAUUCGAUCCGUCGAAUCCUUGAAGCUCUCGAAGUCCCACCUGAGGAACGGCGGGUCAUCGUCGAUGCGGUCGUGCGCCUUACCAACGGCAUUCCCGACGACACAACGGCGCUAGAAGAAGGCGGCAGUAGCGCUGCCCCACAACCCGACAUACCCAUUGAUGACAACAUCAACCACACACAACAUGAGACUAUUCAACAGGUCCCUGGAGGACACGACGAACGAAGGCAAACCACGAAAGCUGCACAUGCGGUCCUCGAAGCCCGGUCCGAGAGCGAGGAUAUGCCGUCGACGACGCAGGACGCCGACAACGAUGGUCGAUGCAGUGUUUCGCGUGCUAUGACGAACCAACUCAUGCUCGAACAACUGUCGAAUCGGCUCGCUGUGGUGGAACAGUCGGCCAAGUGUCUGCCCAAGUUUCUGGAAACCUUCGACGAUGCCAUGGCGGGCGUCGCGCGCGACUUGAGGCUGCUGAAGGACCAGCACGGCACGACCCUUUUUAAUGCACCUAAGGCUGAAAAUUGAUCGGACUGUGGUCAUGAAGUUGAC